UGCGCAAUUCGCUGUAUCCGGGUCUUACGCUCCCUCGGUCGGCGGGAAAUGGCGCCCGGGAUUUAGCGGUCGCGGAACUGAUAUACCGACGAGGCCGGCGCCGUGGGGACGUUGUGAAGCCUCAUCCUGGUUAAGUGAUCACUGUCACACACACCCCGGAGUUCGCCGGGACUAAUCAGCGUUUAUGUGGCGCUUGUAAAAAUGAGGUUGAGGAUGCGGAAGGGGUCUCCGCGCAGCAGUCACGUGGCAGCAGUACGGACUGCUCGUUGUAAGAGGAAGCACUCUGAGGAAGACGAGGAGGAGGAAAGCCCACUCAUCGAAGAAGACAAACUGCCCAAGCAAGAAACUGGUUUACUAUCGACCAUCAAAAAUUUUAUCAAGGGAAGCACAAACAAGGAGGAUCGUGAGAACCCUGCAAAGAGGAGCAAGGUAGAAAGAGACCUUGAUAACAACCUCAUCACCUCAACUCCACGAACAGGUGACAAGCCCAGCAAGCCCAUUGCACGUGUUAGGAGGAAAAGUCAAGUAAAUGGAGAUCUUCCUGGCUUGAAGGAGAAGGAAAGGUUAAAACUAAAAGCUACAGCUUAUGAAGUAAGUCAGCACAUGAAGCAAAAUGGGAAGCUGGAGGACUUGCCCUGCACCACCAGUCCCCCCAGGACCACACUACUGGGGACCAUUUUUUCUCCCGUCUUCAACUUCUUCUCACCAGCAAAUAAAAAUGGCACAUCCGGAUCAGACUCACCAGGGCAAGCGGUGGAAGCCGAGGAGAUUGUGAAACAGCUGGACAUGGAGAAGGUGGAUGAAUUCAGCACCAGCACAGCUACAAAUGGAGCUUCUUACCCAAGUCUGGGGGCACCUGUCCGGAGUACUGCUGGUAGCUGGUUAGAGGGGACUGAAGAUACUCCAGAGAGAGACAUCCCACCUCUCACAGCCCCUGUGUCUCCUGAAAGUGGAUAUUCCUCAGCCCAUGCCGAAGCAGCAUAUGAAGAAGACUGGGAGGUAUUUGAUCCAUACUUCUUCAUCAAGCAUGUCCCACCGUUGACUGAGGAGCAGCUGAACAGGAAGCCGGCUCUUCCUCUGAAAACCAGGAGCACACCUGAGUUCUCUCUUGUCCUUGACUUGGAUGAGACAUUGGUGCAUUGCAGCCUCAAUGAACUGGAAGAUGCUGCACUAACGUUCCCUGUGCUUUUUCAGGAUGUCAUUUACCAGGUCUAUGUCCGGUUAAGGCCUUUUUUCCGCGAGUUCCUGGAACGCAUGUCUCAAAUUUAUGAGAUAAUCCUUUUUACAGCAUCAAAGAAAGUCUAUGCAGACAAAUUAUUGAAUAUAUUGGAUCCCAAAAAACGGCUGGUCAGACACAGGCUAUUUCGGGAACACUGCGUAUGUGUCCAAGGAAACUACAUUAAGGAUCUGAACAUCCUUGGAAGGGAUCUUUCUAAAACAAUCAUCAUUGAUAAUUCACCACAAGCCUUUGCAUACCAGCUUUCAAACGGGAUUCCCAUUGAGAGUUGGUUCAUGGAUAAGAACGAUAAAGAGCUGCUGAAGCUUGUCCCUUUCCUGGAGAAUCUGGUAGAACUGAAUGAGGAUGUGCGGCCUCACGUCAGAGACAGAUUUCGCUUGCAUGACUGCUUACCCCCGGACUAAAGAGGACGGCAGUCGGACACCUGCAGGGCCCCCGGACUAGAGAUGGCAAGAGUCAAAUGUCUGCAGGGAAUGGAGAUGCAGGACCCCAGGACUAAAGCAAAACUGUACACAAAAAUAUAAUUGCCAUAACCCCAGAAGGUGUGUUAUUUGCUGUCUGAAAAAGGAACGGUUUUACCGUGGUCGUGUUGUAAAGUCACUACACCAGGCAGCUCUUCCUAUUCCCAGGAUUGUCACUUCUCAGACACUUCGGUGUUCACGGGGCACAUCCUAUCACUUGUCUACUAGCCAACUCGUCAUCAGAAACGGCCAGUGAGAGCUUUUACCUCUCCAAUUUAGUCUCCAUUGAUCCUUAUUAGUCUAGAUUUACAUUAUCCAUUCCUUGUAUUUCAGUCGCUUGAGUCUGUUCUUAAGUAGCCAAAAAUUUUACUUUUAUUCGCAUCCUAUCUUUUUGGCUGAUUUUAUUUUAUGCUUGCAUAAUGUAUAUUUGUUUUAUAAAACAAAAGAAAAAUCUCAAAGUACAAUCCAUGUAAGCUUCAUUUAGAAAUACAUAAUGUAUCUUUUAUACCUAUCUGUAAUAAUCUUAGUACACAUUUUUAAGACAAAAAAAAAAAAAAAAAACCUUUAAAAAGAAAAGUGAAUAGCCUGGGAAUGUAAAGGUGUGUACAGAGAAGGGGAGUACCUGCUUUUGCAGCUCAGUACAGAAUGCGGUAGGGGGGGUGUUGUCUAUAUGGGAGCCAGACCUCUAAUUCCAUGUUUUUCCUCCCGUGCCUGCUGAUCUAUACAGGCAUGUACCCACCUGUGUUUGUGUAUGUAUAAUAAAUAUAUAUAUAUAUAUAUAUAUAUAUAUAUAUAUAUAUAUAUAUAUAUAUAUAUACACGCACACACAUAAAUACAAUCUUCUCCCUACCACAUUCAUUCACAGCUUGGUACUGAUGCAGUUUGUUUGAAUGGUGGAUAUUUUUGUAUGAUGUGGUCUUCUCUCCCUGCAGGGAAGGGUUUUAGAGGGGUGUAUGGCAAUGCUUUCUCUGGUGGGUGUACUUGUAAAUAUUUGGCUGUGCACUCGCUGCGUUCAGACGAAAGAGAUGGCACUUUUAUUCAUUUUUCUUUUUUCUCGUUUCGUUUUUCAUUUUUUUUUUUUUUUUUUAAAGAGGUUUGUAUUUUGUAAGCUUGUUCAGAGAGUACAGUAUUGGAAAUUAAAAAGCUCUACAGAGGAGGCUGUUCAUCCUUUUUGUUUCUAUGUAUAUUACCUGUUUAACUGUAUGCCAUUUAUUGUAUAAAUUACACACAGAUUCAUUUUCCAGUCACUCCUUAAAGUAAGGAGUUUUUUUUAGUAAGUUUUUAGGAAAACAUUUAAUUUUUGUAUUUUUGAUUUUAAAGGAAAAAAAAAGCAUGAGUUAUGUCAUAUUUUCAGUGUAUUAAUGAAGAAUUUAACCUUU